GUCUAGACAGGCGCGGCGGCGGCGGAAGGGCGUGGGCGGGGCUUCCCUCGCUCGCUCUCUGUCUGUCUGUCUGUCUGUCUGUCUCGCUGGCGCGUCCGGCUUCCCUCAGGAUGGGCGCCCGCCCGAGCAAGGCCCCGCCGCCUUCGUCGUCGUCGUCUUCCUCCUCGGCGGGAGGGCCCCGGCGCCGCGCCUCGCCGCCCUCCUCCUCCUCCUCUUCGCCGCCGCCUCCUCCUCCUCCUCCUCCGCCGCGGUCCUCCGGCUGGGAGAAGGGGGAGCUGCUGCUGUCCUCUCUAGGCCUGGGCCCCCCGCGCCCCUCUUCUGCUCCCGCCCCUGCUGCCCCGGCGGAAGCGGGCGCCCCCUACCUGCGGCGCGUGGGGCUGAUCCAGGAGAUGCUGCGCCUCGCCCGGCAGGGGCGCCCCCUCGAGGCCAACGCCCUCCUGCGCAGGCUCAGGCAGGACCUGGGCAUGGAGUCCACCUCCCUGGACGACGUCCUCUACCGCUACGCCAGCUUCCGCAACCUGGUCGACCCCAUCACCCACGACCUGCUCAUCAGCCUGGCCCGAUGCAUUCACUGCCCCAAGCCCGAGGGGGAGGCGCUGGGGGCGCUGGAGAAGCUCUGCCGGCAGCUGACGUACCACCUGAGCCCCCACGCCCAGCUCGGACACCCCCGGCGGGGACCCGGACUGGCCAAGAAGAAACCCCAGGCCAGCCUGAAGGCCCUGCUGUGCCGCCCGCUGCCCCCCUCGGGCUCCUCGGCGCUGGACCUGUCGGGCAUCCCCUUGGGCGCCAAGGAGCUGGAGCGGCUGUCGGCCUUCCUGGGCGGGGAGGCGGGCAGGCGGGUGGAGAGCCUGUCGCUGGCCUUCACGGAGCUGACGGACGAGCUCUUCCUGGGGGGGCUGCUCCCGGCGCUGGCGCCCCUCCCGGCCCUGGCCGCCCUCUCCCUCAACGGGAACCGGCUGACCCGGGCCGUCCUGCGCGAGAUGACCGAGGCGCUCAAGGACCCGCGCCGCUUCCCGCGCCUGGCCUGGGUCGACCUGGGCAACAACGAGGACAUCUUCUCCCUUCCGCAGCCCUUCCUGCUGGCGCUGCGCCGACGCUGCCCCCCCCGCCCAGGGCGCCCUGCCCACCAUCCUCGAGGCCGAGCCGCUCCAGACGUGAGCCGGACCUGGACCAGGACCCCGCCCUGCCCUGCCCCGCCAGCAGCAUCGCCCGGUCAGUCCGUUCGCUCACUCGGCCUGCGGAAAACGGGAGGAGCAUUUGGACAUUGGCCGGGGAAGGAAGCAAGAAAGUAAGGAAGGAGGAGAGGAGGGUGGCAUCCGGUUGCCCCCAAACCACCGCUCGCAAGGAAAGAGGAAGCAAUCCCACGGAACUCGCAUCACGUGUUUACCUUUUUGCAAGGGAGCCCGGCCUUGUUUACGUCAGCCUUGGAGACCAGGACUUACUAUACCAGUGUCUAAAGGGCUAAACUUGGAUUGCAUCAGACAGCAGAGGAUGGGAUAAAUAGCCCUCUAUUUCCUAUGUAGCCAUGGCUUCCAAUGUUGACAGGCAUGGGGAUAUGACUGGACACGCUGACCUGUCCGUCAAGCAGGCUUUGUUGACGUCUGCAGGCCAGGACUCCAUGUAGCCAUGGCUUCCAAUGUUGACAGGCAUGGGGAUAUGACUGGACACGCUGACCUGUCCGUCAAGCAGGCUUUGUUGACGUCUGCAGGCCAGGACUCCAUGUAGCCAUGGCUUCCAAUGUUGACAGGCAUGGGGAUAUGACUGGACACGCUGACCUGUCCGUCAAGCAGGCUUUGUUGACGUCUGCAGACCAGGACUCCAUGUAGCCAUUCAUGGUGGUGCAAUGUGUGCUGGAGAUUGCAUCAUAUACUGCUUACUAUACCAGUGUGUAAAGGGUUAAACUUGGAUUGCAUCACACAGCAGAGGAUGAGAUAAAUAGCCCUCUAUUUCCUAUGUAGCCAUGGCUUCCAAUGUUGACAGGCAUGGGGAUAUGACCGGACACGCUGAUAUGUCCGUCAAGCAGGCUUUGUUGACGUCUGUAGACCAGGACUGUGGCGCACCUGGCUAGUAACCAGCUGCAAUAAAUCACUACUGACCGAGAGGUCAUCAGUUCGAAGCCCGGGUCGGGUUAAGCCUCCGACCAUUAAUAGCCCCGGCUUGCUGUUGACCUGUGCAGCCCCGAAAGACAGUUGCACCUGUCAAUUAGGGAAAUUUAGGGACGCUUUAUGCAGGGAGGCUAAUUUACAACACCAUAAAACUGCCAGCAAAACACGAGGAAAGGAAUGAGGAAGUACAGCCACUUCUGGACGGUGAAGCAACAGCUCCCCCUGUGGCCGGAAUCGCGAAGCUGGAAAAAUGUUAAAAAUGCCUCUGAGUCUGUCUAAUGUAUGUUGUUUGUCUGUUGGCAGUGAAUGUUUGCCAUAUAUGUGUUCAUUGUAAUCCGCCCUGAGAAAGGAGGGUGGGAUAUAAAUACUGUAAGUAAAUAAAUAAAAUAAAUAAUGGGGAUAUGACCGGA